AUGAGUGCCGAGCCAUGGAAACCGAUUCUGAAGCUGAAGAACCGUAAGUUUGUCGAUUACGGUAAAUUUGCUGCAGCUGAGUACACGAGAAACUACGCGCCUAGCAAUCAAUAUCUCGAGUUCAAGAGUGUUACGCAAGGCGGGACCCGCCAGGUGGGGUCGAGAUUCGAAGUGUGGCUUGAAAUCAGGGCCACCGAUCGUGGGGAUGGCGGAAGUGUCGGCUUGUGGAGGAUGAAUUUGUACGAAGAGGAAGGCGUAAAGUUCUUCACCAACGGCCGAAAACUUCCCGAUGAUUACGAUUAA